CAAUGUGACAUGUGUCAGAUGAUUGUCAUAAAAUGUUUUGAUAAUAGUUAAUUUUAGUUCAAAUAAUUUGAAAUGUUCAAUAAUUUAAAAUAAACCAGGUUUGUCUUAAUUUCUUUCAUUAACAUGGAGGCCGAGUUUCCUUCAAUAGAUCCUAAUGAGGAUUUAACACAGAUUUUGCCCAUUCAACAGAAACGUACUAUAGCCUUUGUUAAUCAUUUUAUAAUGAACACAGUGUCGCAUUUAAAUAAUUUUGCACAGUCGUGUGAGUCCCGGUUCAUGGAAUUUGAUUAUAAAAUACAGAAGAUUGAAGCAUCCCUUUCUAUAUUGGAAUCACAAUUGUCAUCAAUUUCUGGUUUGGAAACUAUAGAAAGCAAAAAAGAUAAUUUAGACCAUGUUGAUAAUAGUUCCCAAAAUGUUGAAGUAGAAUUGCCUGAGAUCAAGCAGCAGGAUGAAACGGAGCCAACUAAUGUAGUUAAGGAAGAUCCUCCUCUGAAAACUCAAGGAAUUGCAGCUAAAGAUGACCCUAGAUUUAAGAAAUUUUUUAAAAUGGUUCAAUUUGGAGUGCCUGAGCCGGCUGUCAAAUUAAAAAUGCAGAAUGAAGGCAUAGAUCCUUCUAUAUUAGACAAACCUCACGAUGUUGUGCCAGGAUUAACUGAAGAUCUUAUACAAAAUGAAUCUGAAGAAAAAUCAGAUUGAUUCUAAACAAAUGUAUGUUCCUAAAUAGAGUUUUAAGUAAAUUUUUAUAUCCUUAUUGUUAUAAAUAAAUAUGUACUAAACCAAUA